AUGGGUACGCAGACGGCUCCGAUGGCUCUAAUGAUGAUGAUUCUCCGACCCGUCCCUCUGAGACCUUCGAAAAUACUCACCGAGAACGUGCAACGGCCGCAGCCUCAGAAACUUCGCAAGGGUAGAACUUUCACUCGGAAAUCGCGUUCUGAUUUGGAUGUUGGUACACGAGUGGUCGUCAAAGGUGGGAAGAUGGGAACUGUCCGCUACCUUGGAGAGAUUCGUUUCGCCGCCGGUAUUUGGUGUGGAGUGGAGCUAGACAAACCUGAAGGUCGACACAAUGGUGAAAAAUACGGCGUACGGUAUUUCCAAUGCAAGAACAAUCAUGGAAUCUACGUGCCAUCGUAUAAGGUCUUCCCGGUGAGCCGGUUCAUCGAGACGGUGAUCGUGAACGAAAACAGCCUCGACAGUCUAGACUCUGAGCCCACCUCCUUGAACUCACGGAGCUGUCUGGUCGAGUUCCUUCAAGAGUCCAAGUUGAGUGAGCUCGAUGUGUGGAAUCUGAUCAACGAGCGCGAGUUCGGGAGGAUAUACGACGCCUACUGCUCAAUGCCGAUGGAGCGCACAGGUCCCCGGGACGGCACCGGCGUUCGGAAGAUGCCGACUCAGAAGCUUUCGAACAGAGUGCAUAUCGAAAAAAACAGCGAGAGCGGUGAGAGAAUUGUCAGGAACCUCCAGUAUUCGACGAAUUUCCCGGCUGCCAGUCGGACGUCAAAGCUCCGAGAAAAUCUCACGAAGCACAAAGACGCAGUGCCGAAAAAACCUCUGGAUGGCCGAGCUUCCUACAAGGUGGGAAAACAAAAGCCCCUAGAGACACUCCCGAUCCAAGUGAACCAAAAGAGCGGAAGCCAAAUCAAGAAUCCCAAUCAAGCCCUCGGAAUCGAGUCCAUAUAUUUGCACAAGCCCUCAAGAUUCUCGCCGUGGUCGUUGCAUAUCGGGGUUGAAAUCAAAUCGGUUCUGACAGCGAUUCGCCUCCCACGCCAGAAACACCAUUCGCCCAUUAUCACCGAUCGAAUCUGA